CAACUUCCAAUCUUUAAUAAUUGACUGCAACUUUUGAAGUUAAGGUUUGCUUCCAGCAAAUUAAGGAUUAUUCGAGAUGACGUAAAUAAUAGGUAACACCGCAUGCCAUUUCCUAACAAUGAAUGAAGUCAAUCAGUCAAUCAGUCAAUCAGUCGCAGAUGGCAAAUGCAGCUCGCAGCAAAAGCUCCGACGGUGUUGUCAUUAUGUCAAAGCGAGCUUCUAAGAUCUAAAUUGACAUCAUAGAACUGAGGUUUCACCAAAUACCUGGGUAAUUGAUUUAUGAAGCUCAGCUUCGCAUAUCGCACGACCACAUCACAAUCUAUCCAAUUCAUACAAGCUAGAAUCAAAUAACUACAAUGUCGGCAACGCGCAACACCGAGUCCUUGGCCAACCAGGGCGAAUUCCACAGCCGUGUUCCGCCCUCGGAACCCCUCACAACUACUGGUCAUAAACCCGGUGUCAAGGUCGGCAACGAUGCUGCCCCCGAGUUCCACAUGGAGAAGCAUGCCCCUGGCACCGCGCCACGUGAAAACACAUUCCAACCACGACCUGAGGGCGAGACCCCGGUUGAUGCCUCAUUCGACGAAAGCCAGCAUCUAACUAACCCCACGGAUACACUUGGCGGCACUACGUCCCAGGCAGUCCACACUGGUCUAGGCAAGCCCGUCCAGGGCCAAACGGGAACCGAGCUACACGGUGACCUUCACGGAGACCAUACUAGUCGACGGAAGAAGGAGCACGCUGGUUUAGAAGGCGUCGGGGCAAGCGUCGGAGACACGGUGCGUCAGAAGGGAGCAGACUUACCUGAAGGCGUAGAAAAGGGCACGAGAGGCAAGGCCAGCGCCGAUUAUCCUUCUGCGUCGGAGCGUAUCCCGACCAGUGCAGAAGAGGUGGCGGCUGAGAGGAAGGUGCCGCAGCGCGCCUAUGACUACACGCAAUCUGGGGCCAAAUAAGAGACGUUGAGACGGGAUAGCUUAUGGGCUCAUGUCAAAAGGCGAAAUUUCGUACUGGGUAUAAUUUUUUCGGUGUAUACUCCGCCGACGGAAUGCAUGACAUAGACCUCGAGCUGUUUGCUCAACCACCACUGGUCUAUAAUAAGUAGAGAUUGGGCGGGAGGUAGCUGUCGGGUCAUCGAGGCGAUGAUACCUAUCGGUGCCGAGAGUUCAUUUAAUUUAACACGUUACUAAAUUUAA